AAUUGAAACCAACCCUAAGGUCCUUUUAUCUCCGCUCUAAAGGUAGCCCCGAUUAUUGCUGACUUAAGCAUCGGAGUGUCUACUCCGAGGACCCACCUCGAGGCUUUGCAGGUUAAUCUGGAGUGCAGAUGCGGACUAAAGAAGGACUUCCGGUUUGGUGCAAUUACAUUGGCGCCAUCUGUGGGAAUCCAAACUGAAAUCUCUUUUGUUGCUCUGUCAUAAUGGUUAACACUCAAUCAGUCCGAGUUGGAAACUCAUCUCAGCCUCUUGGACGAGGUCAACCCCCCAACAGCCUUCCACCUCAACUCCCACCUCCGAUCCCGAAUACAUUCCCUCACCGAGGUGUCCCACCUCCACACCACACUACUAACUCCAUACCUCACCCUCUGAACACUAACAUCACACUGGAACCCUACCCUGCUGGCUUCAGGAUUCCACAACUUGAGACUUAUGAUGGGACGAAAGAUCCCGAUGAUCAUCUGCAUGCUUUAUACUGUUGCAUGCAAGCUCAGAACGCCUCUGACGCGUUGAUGUGCAAAUUCUUCCCCUCUACUCUCCGAGGUAAUGCUCAAACUUGGUAUUAUAGUCUACCUCCGAGGGACGGAGAAUCUCUGAAGAACUACAUGAGCAGAUUCAAUGAUGCAGUAUUGGAGGUUAGUUCCUUUGACCAGGCUGUGGGGAUUGCAGCUGUGAUUUCAAGUCUUAAACAUGAUAGGUUCAGAGACAGUUUGAUCAAACAUACUGCCACCACCUUUAGCGAAGUAAAUGAUAGGUCUCUGAAAUUUAUAACUGCAGAGGAAUAUGCCCUGAUGCAGAACCCAACUCCCAAUAAGAACCAAAGCCUAGACUGGAGAGAUGAGAAUCCGAGCAAGAAAAGGAUGAGAAUGGCACAGAACCGAGGUCCGAUGCCGACCUCCACACUAAGAUUCGGAAGGCCAAACUCAGCACCUCCGCAACAAUCUGCAGGUAAACCUCCAGUUAAUUGGACUCCUUUUAAUUUGCUGAGGUCACAGAUUUUCAUGCAGAUUAAGAACAAGAUGGAUUUAAGGCGUCCUGACCCAAUGAGAACUACUGUUAGAGCCAAACAGCCGAGGUUUGUCAGAGAACAGAGGACACAGCCCCAAGGAGUCUGCAACCCACCAAACAGAGAGGUCAAGCAUCAAAACCGAGCUCAAAAACGAAAGUUUGACGACAAUGACUGGAAGAAUCAACCCAUUACUUUCACAUCUGCUGAUUUCGACACAGUUGUUACACCCCACAAUGACCAUUUGGCCACUUCUGUCAUAAUUAACAACUGUGAAGUACAACAUGUCCUUGUUGACACUGAGAGUGCACUAGACAUCAUGGAGAGGCUUCAGGUCAUAAAGGAAGAGAUAGAGAAGCUUCUACAAGUUGGUUUCGUCAGAAAAGUUGAUUAUUGCGAAUGGCUGGCUAAUCCAGUCCUGGUGAAGAAGGCAAAUGGUAAAUGGCGAAUGUGCAUCGAUUACACAAAUCUUAACCAAGCCUGCCCCAAGGAUUGCUAUCCGAUGCCAAGCAUUGACAAAUUGGUUGAAGUAACUUUAGGCAAUGAGAGAUUAAGUCUCUUGGAUGCAUAUUCUGGGUAUCACCAGGUGCCGAUGGCUCCAGAAGACGAAGAGAAAACCUCAUUCUAUGCUGGUGACGAAGUUUAUUGCUAUGUCAUGAUGCCGUUUGGCUUAAAGAACGCAUGUGCUACUUAUCAGAAAAUGGUGACCAUCGUCUUCCGAGCUCAGAUCGGCAGAAAUCUGGAAGUUUAUGUUGACGACAUUGUGGUAAAGAGCUUAAAAGCAGAAGAUCACCUAGCUGAUCUCGACGAAACUUUCAACAACCUCAGAAAGAACAGGAUGCGGUUAAACCCAGCCAAAUGCAUCUUCGGUGUGGAGUCUGGGAAGUUCCUAGGUUUCAUGGUGUCCCGAAGAGGGAUUGAGGUCAAUCCAGAGCAAAUCAGAGCAAUUGCCGAGAUGGAACCGCCGAAAUCAGUGAAAGAUAUACAGAGGUUGACUAGAAGGGUAGCAGCUCUUCAUCGGUUUAUAUCGAAGUCACAGAGAUCUACAAUCCGGGCUAAAGUACUGGCAGAUUUUAUUGUAGAAUGCACUCCAGGUCAUUUAACUCCUAAUUCAGAGCCAAACAACUGGACCUUGUAUGUUGAUGGGGCAUCUAGUAGCAAGGGUUCAGGAGCUGGUGCUCUCUUGAUUGAUCCAGAGGGAUACCGAAGUGAACAUGCCUUGAAAUUUAGCUUCAAUGCAACAAACAACAUGGCUAAGUACGAAGCUCUGUUACUUGGCUUACAGCUAGCAUUGGAGUUGAAAAUCUGCGCGAUCCAAGUAUACAGUGACUCCCAGCUGGUGGUGAACCAAAUCAACUUAAUCUGCAAAGUUGUUGAUCUUGUGAUGGUGAAAUAUGUAGCCCUGGUGGCUGAGCUGAAGUGCAAAUUCCAGAAAUUUUGCCUGAACAAAAUCCCCCCAACUGAGAAUGAACAGGCAGAUUCACUCUCUAAAUUUGCCUCGAAUAGCUCUCUAAGUUCCAUAUUAGUUUUUGUGGAAGUCUUAAAUGAACCAAGCUUCAUGAAGCCACGGGUGAUGGAGGUCAGCACAGACCCAGACACACCGAGCUGGACAAAUCCAAUAACUUCAUUUUUAAGGGAUGGCACAGUGCCAGAGGAUAAACAGGAAGCAAUGAAGUUCAGGAAGAAAGCAUCUCGGUACACCCUUAUUGAUGAAGUCCUCUAUAAGAGAUCUUUCUCACUCCCUCUACUCCGCUGCUUGAGCCCUUAUGAAGCUGAAUACUCACUUCGGGAGCCAGUAGAGGAGCUCACUACUUUGAUAACACCCUGGCCAUUUGCUCAGUGGGGACUUGACCUUUUAGGUCCAUUUAUAAAGGGGGUAGGAGGUGUAACUCAUCUGAUUGUUGGCGUGGAUUAUUUUACGAAAUGGGUUGAAGCUCGACCAUUAUCCAGUCUUACCUCCAGGAAGAUCGAAGACUUUGUUUUCAGCUCAAUUAUUUGUAGAUAUGGGAUCCCGAAUCAGAUUGUGGCCGAUAAUGGAACUCAGUUCAACUGCUCCUCAUUCAGAGAUUUCUGCUCUAGUUAUGGGAUCAAAUUGCAGUUCACCUCGGUUUACCAUCCAGAAUCUAAUGGGAUGGUAGAGUCGGUCAACAAGGUUAUACUCAAAGGGAUAAAACCAAGGCUAGAGCUGCAUAAGGCCAGGUGGGCAGACGAGCUCAACAACGUCCUCUGGGCAUAUAGAACCACGAGCCAAACUGCCACAGGGUCACCCAUUUCAAUGAAGGAUGAAAUGGACAACUGCUUCGGGAGAACCUUGACCUACUUGAUGAAGCCAGAGAAGAAGCACGACUUUGAACUCUAGUUUACAAUAAGAAAAUAGGAAACUUCUA